UGAGCAGGAAACGCGGAAGUGGCGGUUAAGCCCCUCCCCGCAGGUAUAAAAACACCUGUCUGCGGUCAGCUGAGCCAAGAGCAGACUCACCCGACGAGCAAAUGGAGUCCAGGCAGCUUUCAGCUGCAGACUCCGAGAGCAGGAAUGAACUGGAGGAAGGGGGCGUGGCCUGUUCCGUGAUAGUGUGUGACAUCCAUCCAAAAGCUCCAGGUGUGAGGGAUGGAAAGAAUGACCCCUGGUCAUGUGACAGCUCUGCAUCUUCCUCUGACAGUGAAGAUGAUGAAAAAGACGAAAAAGAAGAAAAAGCUGAAGAAGAAAAGAAGCAAGAAGUCCAGCUCAUCUUCCUCAUCAUCAUCAUCAUCAUCAUCUUCCUCUUCAUCCUCAGACAGUGACAGCAGUGAGGAUGAAAAGAAGAAAAAGAAGAAAAUGAAAAUCAGCGAGACUGCAGAGCCGGGCAUUCUCACAGAAACAGGUCUGGAGGGAAACACUGAAUUAACUCCUGCAGGAGAAACUAAAGGAGACGAAGAGAAGAAAAAGAAGAAAGACAAAGAUGCAGCUGCAAUCAGUUCAGACAGUGAGAAUGAAAAGAAGAAGAAGAAGAAGAAAAAGAAGAAGAAAAAUAAAAUGAAGCAGAAGAAGGAUAAGAAAAAGAAGAAGAAGAAGAAAAAGAAGAUGAAGAAGAAGGAUUCCAGCUCAUCUUCCUCCUCUGACAGUGAGGAUGAUCACAAGAAGAAAAAGAAGAAAAAGAAGCCGAAGAAGAAGAAGAAGAAGAAGAAGAAGAAGGAAUCAAGCAGUUCUUCCUCCGACAGCUCCAGUGAUGAUGAGAAGAAGAAGAGAAAAAAGAAGAAAGACAAAAAGAAGAAAAAGGAAAAGAAGGAUUCAGGAGGUGACUCCGCAUCGGCUGCAGAGAAAGACGAGAAGGAGCUUGAGCUCAAACAGGAGGAUGGAAAGCUCACAGAAGACGCAUCUUCAUCUGGUGAACGCUUUGCACUUCCUGCGGAGUCUGCAGGUAUGACCGCUGUCAGGGACGACGGUCACAUGUCUGAUGAUGAGGGCGAGGGAGCAGACGACAAGCAGAAAGACAAAAAGAAGAAAGUAAAGAAAAAGAAGAAGAAGGAAUGCAGUUCGUCCUCUUCAUCGGACAGUUCUUCAGACAGUGAGGAUGACAAGAAGAAGAAAAAGAAGAAAACCAAGAAAAAGAAAAAGAAGAAAGAUAAGGACUCCAGCUCCUCUUCAUCAUCCGACAGCAGCUCCUCAUCCUCCUCAGACAGCGAUGAUGACAAAAAGAAAAAGAAGAAGAAGAAGAAGAAGAAAGUAAAGGAUUCUUCUUCAUCUUCGUCAUCAAGUAGCUCCUCAUCUUCUUCUGACAGCGAUGAUGAGAAGAAGAAGAAGAAAAAGAAGAAGAAGAAGAAGCAUAAGAAAAAGGAGUCCAGCUCCUCUUCAUCAUCUGACAGCAGCUCCUCAUCCUCCUCUUCAGACAGCGAUGAUGACAAGAAGAAGAAGAAGAAAAAGAAGAAGAAGAAGAAGAAGAAGAAGAAGAAGCAUAAGAAAAAGGAGUCCAGCUCCUCUUCAUCAUCCGACAGCAGCUCCUCAUCCUCCUCUUCAGACAGCGAUGAUGACAAGAAGAAGAAGAAGAAGAAGAAGAAAAGUGAAAAAGACAAGAAGGACAAGAAAAAGAAGAAAGACAAGAAGAAAAAGAAGAAGAAAGACAAGAAGAGUAAAAAGGACUCAGGAAAGUCUUCAGGAUCAGAAAACCAUGACGACAAGCAUAAGAAGGCUAAAUCAGAUGAUAAGGGCGGAGAAAACUCCUCGCUGAAGACUGAAGGAGAGUCUGGGGGUUUGGGGUCAUUCAGCACGAGAGAUUUCAGCUGUGGAACUUGUGGCUCUCAGAUUUCUUCAUCUCUAGUUUACUCCAGCCUGCCUUCUGAAACCCUGAACCGCACAGAGAGCAGCAGCGCCUCCCGCAGGCCUCUGACUGCCAUCGAGAGCCUGAUGGGACAUCCUCAGAGAAACACGCUGGAGACAGACAGAGACACGACCAGCAGAUACACCUCACACUUCACAUCGUAACAAACACUUACACAAUAGUACCAUGGCAGUGCCAUGUUUUGGGGGGUUUAGAGUGCUGCAGUGAUGACGUAUGUUUGUAUGUGUUCAUACCAACCCGGUUUCCUUGGACAAAAACACAUUAGGAUUUAUCCACUGGCUUUUGGAGUAUUGCAGAAAAUGAGCUCUGUGAUCAGCAAAAGUGUAUGACUCCUACAUGAUUCUUACAUCACAAAUGUGACCCUGCAGCACAAAAGCAGUCAUAAGUAGCACAGGUAUAUUUGCAGCAAUAGCCAAAAAUACAUUGUAUGGGUCAAAAUUAUACAUUUUUCUUUUAUGCCAAAAAUCAUUAGGAUAUUAAGAUAAGAUCAUGUUCCAUGAAGAUAUUUUGUAAAUUUCCUACCGUAAAUAUAUCAAAACUUAAUUUUGGAUUAGUAAUAUGCAUUGCUAAGAACUUCAUUUCGACAACAUUAAAGGUGAUUUUCUCAGUAUUUAGAUUUUUUUGCUCCCUCAGAUUCCAGAUUUUCAAAUAGUUUGUCCAAUAUAUAAAUACUGUCAAUUUCAAAUGGACUCUUAUGACUGGUUUUGUGGUCCAGUGUCACAAAUGAACAACUUAAGGCCUAAAUACAGUCAGCAGAGGUAAAAAGCUUAAACAUAUGCUAUACCCAGCUAAUAAAAAUAUGUUCUAAGAGCAUGUUUCUAGCGUUCCCAUUAAGUUACAAAAAUGUUAUUUCGGACUGUUUUCAAAACGUUAAAAAUUUACUUUUUUGAAACAUUAAGUGAACAUUCCAUUUUAUCAUUUUGCAAACAUUAUGGAAAUGUUACUUUUGAAUGUUCUCUGAACAUUCCGAAACAAAUUGUUACAUUUAAAAAGCAUUGUAUGAAUGUCCAACUAAAAUGAUUUAGAGAAAAAAAAAAAGUUACACGAAUGAUGUAGAAAUUAUGCGUAGAAUUACUUUUUUUUUUCCUGCAAUCCCCACUGUGAUCUAAAUUAUUUACAAAAAAAAAUGUAUUAAACAUUUUAUUCAUCAUUUGGGGAACCCUGGAAAAUAGAUUUAACCAUCUGAUACAAUCACUGUACCAUGGUACGGCCACAGUACUUUUUUUGUUAUGGUGCUACGAAGUUAAGACGUGAAUGCUUAUGAUCAGUGUGUAUUUGUUUUUGUCUGUGAUCGAGGGAACAGAACGCAGCAUUUAACCCACAUUGUUGUCUAUUGAAUAAUCAAUGCAAUUAUCACUUAUGUUUUUAUGAGAUUUUCAGAUGCAGCACGUUAUAUUUGAACCCAGUAGCUGUAUCUUGCUUGAUUCGGGGGAUAUUUUGAUUGGGAAUGAUACUAUUAAAAAGCUUGUAAUAAAACCACAUGCAGUUCAUGUGAA